UUACGGAUGCUCGAAUGUGCAAAGAAAUCUUUUCUUCUUUUAAAUCAUCUUCCAAGCUCGUCUGAAGGCUCCGGUGAAAAGAUGGGGAAUGGUUCAAUGAAAUCAAAGCGUUACAAACACACAGACGGCUCAGCUGCUGCUUCCAACAGCCGACCUCAUAAAGAUAACAGUGGUGGGUUCAAAAAUGUGUCCCUGGAGUCCCUGAGGGCCCGAGUGGACGAGCUGGAGCGUGAGGGCAAGAGGAGGGAUGAGGAACUUUGUGCCAAAGACCAGCAGAUCAAAGGUCUCCAGGAGCAGCUAGCCAAACAGACGCGAGCUCUGGCCGAGCUGAGCGAGGAGCUGCAGAACAAGUGCAUCCAGCUCAACAAGCUGCAGGACGUGAUGAAGAACCAGAGGGGAGCAUCUGCAAGUCUGGCAUCCAGGCCCCCUUCCAUCAAAACCAGUGGCAAGAGCAGCCCCAACCUCAGUGUUCGCAUCAAGGAAACCCUCAAUAGAAGGAAAGGGGCUAAAGCUGGGGUGUCGGCCGAGCCUACAUCCAGGACCUACGACUCCAGCAGCCUUCCAAAGUUCUCUUUCGAGAAGGCUAGAGUACCAAAGGAUGCAAGUGUGAAGAAGCUGCUAACAGACGCCCUGAACAAGAACCAGUACCUGAAGAGGCUGGAGCUGCAGCAGAUCAAAGACAUGGUGGAGUGUAUGUAUGAGCGCACCUACCAGCAGGGAGAGUACGUCAUCAAGCAGGGAGAGCCUGGGAACCAUCUGUUUGUCCUGGCAGAUGGGAAGCUGGAUGUGUUUCAACAUAACAAACUGCUCACAUCGAUAACUGUGUGGACCACGUUUGGAGAAUUAGCCAUUUUGUACAACUGCACACGGACUGCAUCAGUGCGAGCUGUGAACAAAGUGAGGACGUGGGCUUUGGACCGAGAGGUAUUUCAGAACAUCAUGAGGAGGACGGCUGAGACGCGACAUGAACAGUACCGCAACUUCCUGCGAAGUGUUUCCCUCUUGGCUAAUCUACCAGAAGACAAGUUAAGCAAAAUAGUGGACUGCCUCGAGGUGGAAUACUAUGACAAGGGAGAGUACGUCAUCCGGGAGGGAGAGGAGGGCAGCACUUUCUACAUUAUUGCACAUGGAAAGGUGAAGGUGACCCAGACCACCGAGGCCCACAAGUUGCCGCAGAUCAUUAACACACUGCAGAAGGGGGACUACUUCGGGGAGAAAGCCCUUAUAAGUGAUGACGUCAGGUCAGCUAAUAUCAUCGCUGAGGAGAAUGGGGUGGAGUGCCUUGUCAUCGACAGAGAGACAUUUGAUCAGACAGUGGGCACCUUCAAUGAGCUGCAGAAGUACCUUCAAGGCUACGUGGCAACACUUGAUCGAGACGACAAGAAGAGACAUGCCAGGAGGUCAGUGUCACGCCACCAGAGCCAACCGCUUUCAGCAGACGUCAUCCAUCUGAGGGACAUGGUGUCAGCGUUCCCUCCAUGCAGGCCCUUCGACCACCUGGAGGUCAUCGCUACUCUUGGGGUCGGCGGCUUUGGACGUGUAGAACUGGUGAAGGUGCGUAACGAGGACAUCACCUUCGCGCUAAAGGUCAUCAAGAAGAAGCACGUCGUGGACAACAGGCAGGAAGAGCACAUCCACUCGGAGAGGAAGAUCCUUGCUGAGGCUCGCUCGCCUUUCAUUGUCAAACUGUAUCGCACGUUUAAAGAUAACAAAUAUGUGUACAUGCUGCUGGAGGCCUGUCUGGGUGGAGAGAUUUGGAGUCUGCUCAGAGACAGGGGGAGUUUUGAUGAGCCCACUGCCAAAUUCUGCGUUGGUUGCGUCACAGAAGCUUUCGAUUACCUCCAUCGCAAGGGUGUCCUCUACAGAGAUCUGAAGCCUGAGAACCUCAUGCUGGAUAGUGAGGGAUACAUCAAACUGGUUGACUUCGGUUUUGCCAAGAAGAUCAGAUGUGGCCAAAAGACCUGGACCUUCUGUGGGACACCGGAGUAUGUGGCCCCUGAAAUCAUCCUCAACAAAGGCCACAACUUCAGUGUGGACUUCUGGUCUCUGGGCAUCCUGGUGUUUGAGCUCCUUACUGGCAGUCCUCCGUUCACUGGGAGUGACCAGAUGAUGACGUACACUUUCAUCUUGAAAGGCAUUGAGAAGAUGGACUUUCCCAAGAAGAUCACCAAGAGACCUGAAGACCUCAUCCGCAAGCUAUGCAGGCGAAAUCCCUCAGAGCGACUGGGCAAUCUCAAAAAUGGAAUAACUGAUAUCAAGAAGCACAGGUGGUUUAACGGUUUUAACUGGGAGGGACUGAAGGCAAGGACUUUACUAUCGCCACUGAAAAGAGAACUUACAGGACCGACAGAUCACAGCUAUUUUGACAGCUACCCUCCAGAUGAGGACUCUCCUCCUGAUGAGCUGUCUGGUUGGGACAUGGACUUCUGAGACCUUCUGCUCCAUCAUUUCUGUUAUUUUCCUUCCAUUGCACACCCCGAAAACCAAAACUUAAUGGGCAAAGUGACCAUCACCUCUGGCAGCCAUGGUGGAGAUCCUCAGGUUUUGGGCAACAUUAGCUGCAAUUAGCUGGUUACUUUAUGAAAUUAUGAUUGGCCGUCUUAACACAAAUGAACAGCUACAGGAGAAUUCUCCUUUGACAGUGAAGUUAAACAGCUUAUUAUGUAACCAUCACUGUCCUUUUGGUUAAUAUAUCUGACUGGCACUCUAGCUAAUCAUGUACAAUGGAGUGCGAAUAAUGGUACAAUAGUAGUAGCAUGUUAGCAUUACUUAGAAGCUACUGAGGUUCUCCACAAUCUGCUACUGAGAAAUGUUGCACCUGUGUAGUACAGUGGAUAAACACUCAACUAAAUCAAACACAGCUGACAGUGUUUGUGGGUUGGAAGCCAGUGAGGGAUCAAGUCCUUGUUGCUGUAUUACUGACCCUUUCUGGAUGGUUGAACCAGCUGUGCAUUGUAACCGGUUCUGAAAUGUUGACAACCUAGAACUCAUGAGAAAACUUCCUAUUUCAUUCUGAAAUGUGGAUUCCCAAAGAUAUCUUUUCAGUGGCAAUGUGUGGACUUAAUACGCUUCAGUUUACAGUUCCAGUUAUUCAUGUGUUAACGCUCAUGUACAGUGUUUUCAAUAUGGCUAAACGGAGUUAGCGCCCAAAAGUGUUGCACAACAGAAAUCAGUGAAAACAAGUCAAAAGGCUAAUGUUGGCAAAUUUAAUCACUUAAGUGAGAGAGUGGUACAUCCAUGACAUUUUUGCCAACAUACUGUACCAACGGUGAAGCAACUUCAAAAAUGCAACAUUAGAUGCUUUGUUAUGUUUCAAAGUUCAGAAUGUUGAUUAUAGUUUUAGCAUUGCUAAAUACGCCCGCAGGCAAGUUCCUCAGAAAUAGUAACCAACUGUGUCCAAGAUAACUAGGCUGGACUCCUCAAGCUUCACCUCAUAUUGCUUUGGAGGGAGUACAUCUUGAAACAGAUAAGUGUUCUGUGUCACCGUGUUAUGUUUUUACAUUCUUUAUAUAUUAGAAUGAUCUUUUACAGAUACCUCAAAAAUAUUGUUUUCAGACACUUUUCUCUGGGCACUCAUGAUGGCUCCAGAAGUAGUGGGUAGUGAAAUGUGUGAUGCAGCUGCAAAGUCUUUAUUUCUUACAGCUGAGAGAAUUUGUUUACUGCUGUAGAGGAGUGGAGGUGAUUGGCGAGGAGAGAUGUGUGGAGACGACACUGCAAAAAGGCAAGCAACUUGAGAACAAACAGACUUGGGAGAAGAAAUUCUACUUAACUGCUUAGAUGGCAUCUGACCGCACUGCACGUCCAUCCCAAAACAGUGCUAAGAAGCAUCAAGAGUUCCUUGUGCCAACAGUGUUCUCCUCAAAGUCCCACUGCCUAAACCAGACACACAGAAAAACAUGAACACCUUCUCCUCUUAAGUUAUAGAGUGUGAUCAUCCCGUGGCAGGGCGCCUGACCUGAAGAAAUAUUUACCUUUUUGAAAUUGAGUCAACUCUGCGGUUGCCAGCUUCCCAAGAAGGGGAGUUCCGCGGCGUUGAAGAUGUGAGGAGGAACAGCAAAGACCAAACCUUCAGGGUUUACUAUGAGGGGGGUUUCAGGCACGUAGGGCUAAACAAGAUAUGUAUUUCCAUUUUCAAACACUUGAUGAUUACAGUAAAUUGACUGUGUACCAUGUCUCUAUGUAUAUACCUGUAUACUAUAAAACGCAAGCAUCAAAAAUACACAAUUUAUACAUUCCAAA